GUGAUAUUCUGCCGUUUUUGACAUAACCUGGCGAGGGGAGGGGUCUCAAAGAAAAGCCAGUGGCAGCUAGGCGGGGGUACGUUCUUUGCUAUAAAAUAGAUUCCAGGGUGGUUGAGCAUUCAACCAACUUCUCAGUUGAGCCUAGGUUUGACACAGACCAUCACACUGCAUCAUUAUGCCUUGACUGUGUGAGGUCUAAAAGUGCAACAUUUGGAUUUUCCAAUUUUGGAUUGUGUUUGCCUUUUCCUUGCAACUCUGUGGAUUAACUGGAGCCAUGGAGGUGUGUAUGUGGAGGUACUUGCGAGAAAUUUGGGUUCUGCUGCAUCUGACAGCUUGCGUGGCAGGUAUGACCGGGAGAUGCAGUCUGUUCGGACGACACCACGUCCACACGUUUGACGGUGUUUUGUAUGAGUUUCCUGGAGACUGCAGCUACCUGCUGGCUGGAGACUGCAGCCAUCGCUCCUUCACACUGCUGGGUGAUUUUGUCAAUGGCAAAAGAACUGGAGUCACACUGUUUCUGGGGGACGCCUUUGAGCUGCACCUGUCUGUAGACGGACGGCUUUCACAAGGAGGAAAAAGACUAUCUGUUCCCUAUGCAUCUCAUGCUGUGUUUGUGGGCUCAGAGCUUGGCUUUUAUAAGCUCUGGAGUGAGGAGUUUGGCUUCACUGUUACCAUUGAUAAUGCAGCCAACAUCGCCUUGACACUGACAAAACACCAUGCCAACCGCACCUGUGGCCUCUGUGGCAACUUCAACUCUGUAUCAGCUGAUGAAUAUACUGCUCAAGAGGGAUUUCCGACAGAGGACAGUUAUGAUUUUGCGAAUUCGUGGGCAGUGAAGGGAGCUGAUCAGUCAUGUCGACGUGUCUCAAGUCCCAGCCAGUCCUGUAACAGCACAAAAGAGACCACAGCGAUUUUGUCCAGCUGCAGCGUGUUGCAGACGUCUAGCGUGUUUCUGCACUGUGCCCACCUGGUCUCUCCUGAGGCGUUCCUUUUGCUGUGUCAGGAGGAGGCAUGUCACUGUGACCAGAGGGAGGAGGAGGACUGUUACUGUCCGUUCCUGUUGGAGUACGCUCGCACGUGCCACGCCCACGGGAUACUCCUUCGUGGCUGGCUGGAGGAGAGCCAGUGCUUCCCCAGGUGUCCAAUUGGGAUGCAGUACAGUGAAUGCACCAAGUCCUGCUCUACAACCUGCCAUAGUCUCAACAUCCAGGAGGUCUGCAAGGAAGAGUGUGUGGAUGGCUGUACAUGCCCUGUGGGUAAGGUUUUGGAUGGUAUUCGCUGUGUGGAGGUAUCUCAGUGUUCCUGUGUGCACAUGGGACGACAUUUUCCACCAGGAUCCACUAUCUCUCAGGACUGCAACACCUGUGUGUGCCGUCACGGUUCCUGGGAAUGCACCAAUGAAGUCUGCCCUGGUGAGUGCUUGGUGGUGGGCCAGUCUCACUUCAAGACCUUUGACAACAAGUUCUUCACUUUCACUGGUCACUGUCAGUAUCUGCUGGCAAGAGAUUGCACAGAUAAUGGGUUUUCUGUCAUUAUUGAGAACGUACAGUGUGCAGAUGAUCAGGAUGCUGUGUGCACACGCUCAGUGACACUCAGCCUGUCCUCUCUGGAGGAUAUGACAGUGAAGCUGAAGCAUGGAGGAAUUGUCUCUGUCAACAGCAUGGACAUCCAGACCCCAAUGCAUCAUGGCCGCCUGCAUAUCCAGAGAUCUGUGCAGUCUUCUGUGCGUGUAAAGUUUGGAGAUGACCUUCAUCUGGACUGGGAUGGGCGAGGCCGUGUGCUUUUAAAGCUGGGACCACAAUGGCAAGGGCAGACUUGCGGCCUCUGUGGUAACUUUAAUGGUAACCAAGGUGAUGACUUCUUGUCUGGAUCUGGUCUAGUCGAGGCGGGUCCUCAGGCGUUUGGCCAGUCAUGGAGGAUCAACGGAGACUGUGAAUCUACCCACAAACAUGAGACUGAUCCAUGUGCCAUUAACCCCAAAAGAGUGCGUUUUGCAGAAGAGGCAUGUUCGGUGAUGAUGUCAGACAUGUUCAGUCCGUGCCACUAUCUGGUGAACCCGGGUCCGUUCCAGCGGUUCUGUCGGUAUGAUGUGUGUGCAUGUGUGAACGGUGAGGAGUGCCUCUGCUCUGCUCUGUCUGCCUACGCAGCUGCCUGCACUGCCAGAGGAGUGCUGCUCAACUGGAGGUCUCCCUCACUCUGUGAGCUGGAGUGCACUGGAGGCCAGGUAUAUGAAGCCUGUGGGAGUGUGUGCGACCGGACGUGCCGUGCUCUGUCUGGCGCUGAGGCUGGAUGUGAGGGGGAGAGGGUGUGUGAGGAGGGCUGCUUUUGUCCUGCUGGAAAGUACCUGAGCGACUCCGGAGAAUGUGUGACAGCUGACCUGUGCACCUGCCUGCACGAUGGACAGCUUUACCAGCCUAGUGAUGUCUACGCGGAUCACAGCAGCAUCUGCUACUGUGAGAAUGGCACCAUGCACUGUAGCUCCCCUGAAAUGAGUACUUCACUGUCUGACCUCUUCUAUGAUGACGACACGGCACCAUCCAGAGAGCGCCGGUCAGCCCAGUGUUUUCCUCCCUUAGUCCGUGCAGAGUGUGAUGCAGGAAAAAAAGGCCUUGAGUGUGCCAGAACAUGCCAGAAUCUGGAUCUGCCUUGUGUCAGCCUCGCCUGCAUCCCUGGCUGUCUCUGUCCUCCCGGCACAGUACGUCACCGCAGAGACUGCAUUGCACCGGAACAGUGUCCCUGUUACCAUAACAACAGGCCAUAUGCAUCAGGACAGGCCAUCUCCGUGGACUGCAACACCUGUGUGUGUGAGAACAGGAAGUGGCGCUGCACAGAGAAGGUGUGCAAUGGUGUGUGCCGCACUGUGGGGGAAGGGCAUUACAUCACUUUUGAUGGCUUCAAAUACUCUUUCCCCGGCCUCUGCCAAUAUGUCCUGGUCCAGGAUAUGUGUAACGGAGAGGAGGGUUCAUUCAGAGUGCUGGUGGAGAAUGAGGCCUGUGGAAUUGUGGGACAUCGCUGUGCAAAAGCUAUCACGAUCUUCUACCAGGGAGGGUUGAUCGUAAUGCAACAUGGAGAGGUGAAGAUGAAGAGGCCGGUGCUACAGAGCUCACAGGUGGAGAUUUUGCAAUCUGGUCAGUUUUACACCGUGCUGCUGGGGAAACACAUUUCCCUCAGCUGGGACAAGGGAACUCGCCUCCUGGUUCACAUCUCAGCCACAUACGGGGGCCGGGUGUGCGGCCUGUGUGGUAACUUUGAUGGGAACGUCAACAACGACUUGGUGAGCAGUAACAACCAGCUGGAGGUGGACUCCUCACACUUUGGGAACUCGUGGAAGGUUAUUCCCAGCUGUGCCGAUGUAACAGAGAUACCCGCGCCUUGCAGUGACAACAUUGUCAAGCUGGUAACGGUGGAACAGUCAUGUCGUGUGAUCACUGGUCCUCUCUUCAGAGAAUGUAACAGCCAGGUGGAUGCAGAGCCCUAUGUAGAGAUGUGUGUGGAAGCAGCAUGCUCUUGUCCCUCAGUGGGCGAUUGUGCGUGUUUCUGUGAUGUCAUCGCGGCCUACGCUCAGGCCUGUUCAGAGAGGGGUGUAUCCAUCAGCUGGAGAUCCAAUGAUCUUUGCCCCAUAAGCUGUGAGGAGCUGAACCCCAAGGGCCCAGGUGUAGGGGAGGAGUUAUGCCAGUGGAGGUAUAACACUUGUGGCCCUGCCUGUCCGAUCACCUGCCAGCACCCAGAUCCCCUGCACUGUUCACUCUCAUGUGUGGAAGGUUGCCAUGCCUACUGCCCCCCAGGCCAACUACUGGAUGAGGUGGCCAUGCGUUGUGUAGAUCCCUCUCAGUGUCAGGUGUGUAUCCAUGAGGGUCAGAGAAUUUCCCACGGCAACAAGGUCAUCCUGAACCACAAUGACCCCGACCACUGCAAGAUAUGUCACUGUGACAACAACACACUGAGCUGUGAAGUUUGUGCCUCCUCUGCCAUGUUCACGACUCCCACUCCAACACCUGCCUAUGCCACCUUCACGACCCUGCCCUUCACCACCUUGAUGCCCGAGGGCACGUGUGACCGCGCCAUGGAUCUGGCAUUCCUGUUGGAUGGUUCAGAAGCCCUGAGUGAAGACGAAUUUCAGGCAACCAAAGAGUUUAUACUGGGAGUGGUUGAACGAUUCCGCAUGGGCUCAGCUCACACCCGAGCCACAGUGCUGCUAUACCACUCUGGAGUCAAAACAUAUGACCUGCAGGUUCAGAAGUGGCUGUUUAAGAAGACUGUGCAUGAUCUGCAUUACACAGGGGGAGAUGCAGCCUUCUUGGAUGAGGCUGUCAAGUAUCUAGUUAUCAACAUCUAUGACAAAAACAAGCGUGACAAUGCUGGCCGCAUUGCCAUCAUCUUGACUGCUAGUGCCAACCCUCGCCCUGUCCGUGCCAUGGUCAAGAUGCUCCGCAGGAAAGCCAUCACCACCCUGACAGUGGCGCUGGGUCCCGGGGUAAACAUGGGGCAGAUUAAUGACAUCACCAAGGCCAACCCAGAAAACAGGGCCUAUGUGCUGAGUAGCACAGGUGAGCUGCCUGAUCGUCUGUUAGAGCUGAAUGAUUACCUCUGUACCUUGGGGAUGGAGCCUGAGGUGGUGAAACCUCCAACGCCAAAGUCCACUUCGGGUAAAGCUCGGCAGGGCACAACCACCACGACCCUGGCUCCUCGCCUGGAGCCCAACCCCACACAACAUCUCCCCAACACUCCUACAUCCACCUCCCCCUCUGGCCUGUCUCCCCUCACCACAUUGCCAUCUUCCAUCUCUCCAGCCAAAGAUGUGACUUUCAUCCUGGAAGGCUCUGAUGCAGUCGGCGAGGUCAAUUUUACCAAGUCACUCCUCUUCCUGGAGGAAGUGAUCUCACAGCUGAUGGAGGAGGAGGAGGAGGUCAUUCGUAUUACUGUGAUCCAGUACUCAGUAACUGUCACGGUGGAGAUCCAUCGGUGGGAGUUGAGGGGGCAGAGGACCCUGCUGCGGCAACGACUGAGGGAGAUCCGUUGGAGGGGUGGAAGUAAGACGAACACAGGCGCAGCUGUCACUACGACUUUUCAAGAAAUGGCUACGGUCCAGCCUUCACGUGGCCCCACCCCUCCUCAGCUGGUCUUCCUUGUGACAGAAAACCCGCCAACUGACACAGUAACUCGCCCGCCAUCUACGAGCACCCACACACAAGUGUAUCCAAUUGGUGUUGGAUCAAAAAUACGUGAGAUUGACUUGCUACCAUUAAGCUUCCCUCAACGCCCGCUGAUUGUUGAUGACUACAACCGUCUGACGACCCUGGUAGAUCGUGUAGUCAAUAUCACACGCACCACAGUUAGGCCUCGCUCUCCUACACUGCCACCCUUGGUCCUCCCAACACUCUCUAGCCUUCCAACCUCAGUGCCAUGUAAGAAGCCUGUGGAUGUGUUGUUCCUGUUGAAGGCUGGAGAGCAGUUUGAGGACAUGAAGACAUUUGUCAAAGCUUUCAUCAAUAAUGCUGACAUAGGGCUGAAUGGCACUCAGGUGAGUGUGGUUCAGUAUGGAGACACCAACACAGCAGAUCUCACCUGGAAGGAUGAACAGAGCAAAUCUCACCUGAUGAACCUGGUGGACAGUAUACCAAGCAGGACCACUGCUGCCCCCGCACUAGGGUCUGCACUGCGAUUCGCUGUGCAGACGGCCAUCUCGCCAGUCAGCGGUGGAAGAGUCGGCGUAGCCAAGGCUGUGGUGAUGCUGGUGACUGACAAAUCCGCUGAUGAUGUCAAAGAAGCAGCUAACGAGGCACUGGCAGCAGGUGUGUCAGUGUUCCCCAUCGGGGUGGGACCAGGCUAUGACAGGAGUGAGCUUAGCGUGCUUGGUCACCACGGCAACCAAGACAACACUCUGCACUUGAAUAGCAUGGAUCAAUUACUGAUGUUGCUGACUCUAGAUCAUGGUUACACAGAGAGAAUCUGCAGAGCUGGUCCACCAGGACUGUGUGUUGAUGAUAAUGGAAAUGAGAGAAAGCCUGGUGAGUCAUGGCUGCUGGAGGACGGCUGCCACUCUCUCCUGUGCCACCCCAGUGGAGCAGUGACAGUACAAAACCACAAAGUCAGCUGUGACAGACUGGAGCCGCCGGCCUGCAGAAACAACAUGCCACCUGUCCGAGUCCAGGAGACCUGUGGCUGCCACUGGGAAUGCCCUUGCAUGUGUAUGGGCAGCUCAACCAAUCAUGUGGUUAGGUUUGACGGCUUGGCGCUGAGGCUGGAUGGGGAGGGUUUGUGCUCCUAUACACUUCUCACUGUCAGCAGAGGCAGCAAGGAAGGGUCAGAGGUCAAACUCCACACUGGGCCUUGUCAAGACUCAGCAAAUUACAACCAGGUCUGCAUGAAAGCCAUGGAGGUUAACCACGGAGCGCAUAAAGUGCUGCUGAAGGAUGAUAUGACUGCAGUGAUCGAUAGGGAAGAACUUGCACUGCCGUGGCGGUUCGCUGGCCUAGAGCUGGUGCGUUAUGGAGGAGUGAUGCUGCAGCUUAAGUCAGACCACGGCUACGUCCUGUCUUUCACUCCUCAGAGCAACGAGUUUACCAUCAGACUGCUCAGCUCCACCACCACAGGCCACACCGCUGGACUCUGCGGUGCCUGUGGGGAGGAAAAGUUUAACGUCCUAUCUUUGCGUAAUGGCAGCUCAACCGCUGACCAGCCAGCAUUCAUCUCAGACUGGACUGUGGCUGUAGAUGACGGCGUGUGUCUGCCAAAGCGGAAGGCAGUGUGUGUGUCUGGAGCAGCGAUGGGAUGUCAGGCCCUACGUUCUGAGGUGUUUGAACCAUGCCAUGCGCAUAUUCCUGUCCAGGUCUUCCUUGCCAAGUGUGAGGAGCAGGCAUGUGAGGAGUCAGAUGUGUGUGAACUCAUUUCUGCCUAUGCACGCCUGUGUAGACAGAGUGGUGUGUGUGUGGACUGGAGGAGCCCCCACCUCUGCCCAUUACAGUGUCCCAGCUCCAUGGAGUAUGAUGCAUGUCGGACAGGGUGUGUAGAGGAUUGUGGUAGCACAAAGAUGUCUCGAGGAGACUGGUCGGUUGCCAGGGGUAACGAGUCAUUCUGUAUGGACACACCUACUGAGGGCUGUUUCUGUACUGGAGGGACAGUUUUGAAUCACGGACGGUGUGUAUCACCAGAAGCAUGUGGUCAGUGUGUUGACCAUCAUGGACACACGUAUACGUACAUGCAGAGUUGGGUACCAGAUGAGAACCCAUGUUUGAUUUGCAUGUGUUUGGACCAACAACACGUCAACUGCACUGCCCGGCCCUGCAAUGACAUCAAAGCUCCAGUAUGUGGCCCCUGUGAGAUCCUGAGAGAGAAGAGAGAGUCUAAGUGCUGCCCAGAGUACGAGUGUGUGUGUGACCUGAUGACUUGCGACUUGCCUGAAGUGCCCCGCUGUGAGGACGGUCAGACUGUGGUUCUGAAAAAUCCUGGGGAAUGUCAACCUAUUCACGAGUGCGUCUGCAAAAAGGAAGAGUGUGCUCUUCAAGCUCCCCCCGCUUGUCCCUCACAUCGCCAACUGUCAGUGAAAGACACAAAGUGCUGCGACGUGUUUGAAUGUGUGUGCAACUGCCACAACUACACCCACACCUGCCCUGCUGGGUUCAUCACAUCAUCCUCUACCAACGACUGUGGUUGCACAGAAACCAACUGCCUACCAGACAAGGUGUGUGUGGUCGGUGGCGUGGUUCACCCAGUGGGGAGUGAAUGGGAGGAAAGAUGCGAGAAGUGCAGCUGCACCCAGCUACAAGACAAAGACACAUCACUGCACAUUGCUCAGUGUACACCGCCUGUGUGUGAUCGAACCUGUCCUCAGGGCUCCUCAUACACUCCAUCAAAAGGAGAGUGCUGUGGAAAGUGCACACCGAACAGCUGUGUGGAAUCAACAGGAGAGAUGCGCGGGGACACACUGAUUAGAGGAAACCUCAGACGUGUGGGAGAGGUAUGGCAGUCUCCACAUGAUAAAUGUGUUUUACAUCAGUGUGUGAAAGUGAAAGACGAGGUGUUCAUCUCUGCAACAAACGUAAGCUGCUCUGUUAUGGACACUCCAUCCUGCCCGCUGGGAACCGAGUUACGCUGCAACACCCAGGAUUGCUGCCCCCGCUGCCACUGCGCUCCGAUGGAUGUCUGUGUCCUCAACAACACUAUGAUAGGAGCAGGGGAGAGGCUAAUGGUGGACGUGUGUACACACUGUGAGUGUAUGGUGGAGGAUGGUGCUGUGAGGAAAUACAGACUGUCCUGCAGGAGAAUCAGCUGCCCCACUUGCCCGAUGGGUUACACUUUGCAGAAGGAGGAAGAUGCUUGCUGUGGUCGAUGUGUUCCUACUGCCUGCUUUAUGCAAAGGCCAGAUGGAAAACUGAUCAGUCUGCAGGUGAACACCACUAGCGAGGAUGGUUGCAACCUGUAUACCUGUAGUGUAAACAGUAAAGGGGAUCUUGUCCUGCAAACCAAAGUGACCACCUGCCCUCCUUUUAACCGCCAAACUUGCCUGGACCAGGGGGGGAAAGUCAGCCAGAUUGGAAAAACCUGCUGUGAGAUGUGUACGGAGCCAGAGUGUCGGAGGACAGUAGGAACGCUUAACUUCAUCAAAGUGGAUGAUUGCCAAUCAGAAAACCAGAUAGAAUUGCAGUACUGUGAGGGCAAAUGUCGCAGUAAGUCCAUGUACUCCCUGGAGAGGGAUGCUGUGGAGCAGGAGUGUGUGUGCUGUGCGGCUGUGGAGACGGAGCCUCUCAGCGUUCCCAUCCUGUGUGCCAACGGCACUCGUAGCCACCAGACUGUCCUGUCUGUCACUGCAUGCGACUGUCUGUCCAAACACUGUACCUAGAGAAAAAGAGAGAGUGAGAGAGAAUGAGAGAGAGUUUAUAAAUGUAGACGGUAUGUGUGUAUUCAAGUAAAAUGUACCCAUUUAAAAAAUAACAACACAAAUAACAAUAAAACAAACCUGCCAGUUUCUGUAAGCCCUACUUUUGUAUCUGCAUUUUGUUGUAAUCUGAAUAUUUUUAUUGAAAUAUAUGGGUUUGUUGUUUUAGAUGUUUGAAUAUUUUAAAAGUGAUAACAGAUUUUCUUCAGGUUUUUGAGAUUGGCUAACAAUUAUAAAAACAAAAAAGUUGAUCAAUGUUGAA